CAAGGUGCUACAGCAGCGGCUUUGCUACGUUUUUGACAUAUUUACAGUAACACCCGAAGCGGGUGCAGCUUUUCAACAAUGUAAGAGAUAAAUGAUCAGUUUUCAUCGAUACUGCAGAUGUGAGUCUCUGCAUGCAGCUGACGGCAGCAGACUUCAGUGAAACCAGAGAGAUGCCUGCAGCAGAAAGCAAACAUGCACAGCGUGUCCUGUCCUCCCUGAACCAGCAGAGGGCAGUAGGGAGGUUUUGUGAUGCAGUGCUGAAUGUGGGAGGUGGGGUGGUCUAUUUGGCCCACCGCAACAUCCUUUCCUGUUUCAGUGAACUGUUUCAACAGUCCAACAUGCCCACUGCACCGUGCAUGGAGUUCUGCCUGCAGGAGUGCCCCAAUGACGGCCUGGAGCUGCUCCUGAACUUUGUCUACACUGGAGAGCUGAAGUUGGAUCCUGACAACCUGGAGAAGGUGCAGCAUGCAGCAGUCAGCCUGUGUGUACCAGAAGCACUCGCCCUCUGUCAGCAGUUCAAGGAAACUUCUGUGGAUCCUGCACCUUUAAAGCGUAAGAGAGGCAGACCUAGAAAGUCAGAUACAACCACUCAUUGUUCAGUCAAAGAAGAGAACUCGCUUAUAGCAACAAAAGAUGAGUCCAGCUUUGAUACUGCUGCAGCCAAUUUAAGCAUGGCUUCCGCCACCACCACCACCACCACCACUACCCGCUCUGGUCGUGUAGUGAAGGGCCCCAGGCGACUGGUGACUGAUGAGAACCCCUCCACAGAUUUUACAGCCUCUGAAAACAGCAGCAAGAAGACUCCAAUAAUCACCACAGAGACAGAGAGUGGUGAUGCUGUUGUGGAGAACCGAAACCCAGUUCAGCAAACAGGUGAAACUGAGGUAACUAACUUGCAGAUUUCCGUAAAUGACAAUGGUGUUAACCAAGUAAUGGAGGAAGUAGAAGAAGAAGAAGACGAUGUGGGGGAUUUUGAGGGGAUCACUGAAGACACAGAUGAGGAGUAUGUUCCUGUUGAAGAGCCCAGUUUGUUAUCUCCGUCCACAUCAACGGCACGUAAGCGCAAAGCCCCGAGUAAAACAGACAAAAAUGAGAAUGGGGAGGCUGUGGAGGAAGACUCCAAGAAGGACUCUGUGCAGUGUCCCAUCUGUGACAAAUCAUUCAAGAGCAAAUACUACCUUAAAGUACACAACAGGCGGCAUACAGGGGAGCGGCCCUUUGGCUGCCUUAAAUGUGGAAAGAGGUAUUUCAGGAAGGAGAAUCUGUUGCUUCAUGAGAUCAGAGACUGUGCUAAAGUACAAACAUACACCUGCGUCACAUGCUCCUCAACUUUUAAUGGAAAAGACGAGCUACGUUUGCACGUUGUGUCCCACACAGGAAACAUGCCCCACAAGUGUUCAACGUGUCCAGAACAGUUUAUGCACAAGAAAAACUUGACGAUUCACAUGAUGAAGGUCCAUGGAUACCCCAAACCGCAUGCGUGUCCGCAGUGCCCCAAAACCUUCUUAACUCGGACAGAGCUGCGUGUGCACGAAGCAGCCAAACAUCGAGGCGAAAAGCCAUUUGUGUGUGAGGAAUGUGGCCACCGAGCGUCAAGUCGAAACGGUCUGCAGAUGCAUAUCAAAGCCAUCCACAGAAAUGAACGCCCUUUUGUAUGCAACUUAUGUGGCCAUGCAUUCUCCCAAAAGAACAACCUAAACAUGCAUCUGCGUAUACACAGUGGUGAGAGGCCUUACCAGUGUCAUCUCUGUGGCAAAACCUUCAGGACACAAGCCAGUCUAGAUAAACACCACCGGACACACACUGGUGAGCGUCCAUUCAGCUGUGAUGUUUGUGAGCAGCGCUUCACAGAGAAAGGCGCCCUCGUCCGCCACAAGGCCAGCAAGCACGAGGAGGGUCGACCCCACUGUUGUCACAUAUGUGGCAAAACCUUUAAAGCGAGGGAGCAGCUCCGUGUUCACCUGCGUCGCCAUAAGGGCAUGAGGAAGUUUGAGUGUAUAGACUGCGGCUACAAGUUCACGAGACAGGCACACCUGCGACGACACAUUCAGAUCCACAAACGCACUGAGAACUACAGCCCCCGGCAGAGAAAACUGAGGAACGUGAUAGUUCAGGAGGUGGAUGGAAGUCCCGGUGAGAACCAAGCAAUGAAAGAAAUGGAGGACUCGCUGAUCGCAGAGGGGACAGAUUAUGUCCCAGUGGCAGCCGACAUCCAGGAAUCCACAAACCUGGAGCCGGACUCGGGGACAGGCCUCAGCUCUAGUUGCAUAGUGAGGGUGGUGAUCGAGUCGAGCAACGCGGUGAUGGAGGAGGUGGUGUCCAACCAGAACCUGGCACGUGUCGAGGCUGCGGAGACUUUCUCUGUGCCAGAAGUCCUGCAGCAAACACAGCUGGUCACUGAAGCGUACGGGUCCACGAUGGACAUGGAGGGGAUGGUUGAGAAUAUGUCAGAGAGUAAGACCUGAGGACUGGACGACAUGAGACUGUGUGAAACCCACUGUGGGUUAAAACUACUUUGAAGACCAGUUCUUGAAUCUGACAGCCUUACAGAUCCAAAGAGGACACUGCAACAUAGUCGACGACUGCUGAGUU